AUGCCAAUGCAGACUGCAAAAACACUGAAGGAUCUUUCGAGUGCACUUGCAAGCCAGGGUAUUCCGGGAACGGAGUUAAUUGCACAGGUGACUAUAUUUCAAUAAAGACCUGGAUCGUCUUAAUGUUAAGGCUAUUAAUUCAGUAUUAUUUUGUCUCGAGUUCACGCGUUUGAGUCCUUGAGUAGAAUCCAGAAGUGACAUUUCCGAUUUUAAUGUACAAAUAAGAGUUUGAAGUCAGGCUUCGAUCGAAAAAGUGAUCGUUGUCAUAAUUAUUUAGCAAUUACUGAAUAAGGCUGAGUAGACUGCAUGUGAAGAAUUAUGUAGAGCGAAGAGGAUGUUAUCCUCAAUUUUGCGGUGACUCAAUCCAGCUUGAUCGAAGUUUAGUACAUCUGAUCAAUCCACUAAAAGCGUUACUUCUCUCCAGUAAAGAUAGAUCAUAGAUAAGAAAAUAAUCAAAUCGCAGCCGGCUGAAGGCUGAAUUGUUUAAUUAUUUACAAUACAAUAACAAGUAUAAAAUAAUGGUAAAAGACUAAUUACAAUUUUGUUAAUUAAGAAUAAUGAUAAUGAAGAACUGAAAAAGAAAGGAAAAAUAACGUAAUAACACUUAAUCUUACAUUAUAAUAACAUGUUUGGACGACCGCACAUGGCUGGUUUGAACGAAUUUUUGCAGCGGUUUGUGCGAAAGCGGGGCUAGUCGUAAACACUUUCAUGCCUGGUAUUGUAGUAGCCUUGGUGGUUCGGAGAAAGCAAGCAUGCGAAUUUGUGCUGAUCCGAGGAUAUACUAUUAAACAGCUAAAUACACUGAUCGUUACGCCUAUCAUAUAAAGUGCUGAGACCAAAAUUGACUAAACAGUGUUUGUAUGAUUUAUCAGGCGCUAUUAUGGAGAGCGCUCUUUUUUGUACACGCUCACUUAGACAGUCGGGUAGGCUACGGUGGUAAAAGGGCGAGCAAUAUUCUAGUACGGAUAUUAUUACUCUACAGUGCAAGUCAACAAUAUCUUUACAGCUCAAGCUGAACCAAAAAAAUACAAAACGCUUACUUGCGUUCUUAAUAGUUUCAUUUAAUUCACCAAAUCAGUGGAUAGCAAUUUUCGCGCGUUCUGAUUGGCUCCCGUAACGAGGAACAUCCUUGGAAAUUCACUGUUUUGGGACGGGAUUCUGCUUCUCGUUUCGCGACAGUUUCGAAAGAUGAAAUUUUAGCGGUAAACAAAGCAGCUGCUCCCCCACUAUUCUGAUCACCUCCCCUUCGGGGGAUAGUUGUAUAUUAUAUCAACGUUCCACUUGAGAUCGUUAAUAAUAACAAUAAUAAUAAUAAUAGGGACAGUACUUUCCUUAGUAUCUUUGUUGUCCCCAACAAUGCUGUUUUGUGGAUAACGUUCGCUAAGGGAAGUACUGUCCCUGUAAGAAGAAGGAAACGAGAGAUCUGGGACCUUGGUGACUUGUUGUAACCCGUUCCCUAGGACUAUAAACCAGGCCGAACAUCCUGCCUGAGUCUACAAGAAAUGAACAUCAUAAUAGUAAUAAUAAUAAUAAUAAUAAUAAUAAUAAUAAUUAUAGUUAUAAUAAUAAUAAUAAUAAUAAUAAUAAUAAUAAUAAUAAUGAAACCUAUAUAGCGCCGUUAUCAAUAUUGCUAUUUUCAUCAGCGCUUUUAAGCGCUGAGUAAAAAUCAAACAAAAUCGGAAAAACCACGACCACAGUCAAAAAUCGAUUUUGCUUCUUUUUUGUGAGUAGUAAGCCUAAGGUGUGUAAUGAAAUGAGGUUAGUUUUUUAACAUAUUCUUUUUAACGGCCACAAACAAUAAAAAACCGUCUCUACCCAAAAUAUCAAAAUUUCACAGGUUUUAAACCUAAAAUUAGACGGUUUUCAGGAAGUCUUCAUUCGGACACAAAAACUAAAUUCAGACCUUUUUAACUAUAGUUGUGUACAUUAGGUCUUCCUCUUUUUAAAAACAGUAAUAUGUGGGGGUUAAUGUUUUAAAUAAGAAAAUAAAUAGCAGAUUUGUGUUAUUGUUAUAGCGGAUUUGUAAGGGUGUUAUCCACGUCGGCCAUCGGCCUCUGUGGAUAACACCCUCCUCGAUCUGCUUAAUUCAUCAUAUCCUACUCAGCCUCACCCAUUAAUUGCUAAAUAAUAAGUCAGGUAUAUUGUAAUUCUAAUAGGCCAAUUUCGAGUUGACUCGAGCUUAUAACGACGCGAAGUGCGAAGCCUUUUGAUAGGAAAAUUAAUUUCAAAGGAGAAAGGUUUGACGAUUGACCUCGUUUUGAAAAUGAAAAUUGAUCUUAUCAGAUGGCUAUUAUGGCAGGCCACAGUAAUUGCUGUGAAACAAAAACUAAAUCAGUUUUGAUAAUUUAGUCCUGACUUCUUUUUUGCAGAUAUAAAUGAAUGUGAAGCAGGAAAGCACAACUGUCAUGCAAACGCUAAUUGCAAAAACACUAAAGGAUCCUUUGUGUGCACCUGCAAGCCAGGGUAUUCUGGGGAUGGAGUUGACUGCACAGGUGAAAACAAUACCUCGGUCUUCUUUAUAAUGAAUCUUUUUCUAAUCAACUCCAUUUAUCUCGCAUUAGAGCAAAGUUUAGCCACAACGUAUUAUGCAGCUUAGUCUCUGGUAGUGCAGUGUGUUCUUUUAAGCUGAAUAAGUAUGGAAAUGCCCUUGCAUUACAAAAGUUUGUGAUUUGCAGUAUCUGUAUGCAAUUUUAGCCUUCUACAUUCUUGAGAUAUUGAAGUUUUUUAUGUAUUAUUAUAUUGUGCCCAUGCAAGAUUGUCAUGUCCGAACACGCAUUCACGCUGGGUGAGCUUACUACAUUUAAUUAUAUCAGACCAAUGUACACAAUUCCGUCUUUAGAGUAUGAGCGGAAACGUGUCCUUUUUAUCCCUCCUUCUGUUGGCCAUUUUUCUUUAGAGAGGAAGUCAUUCUGUAUUCUCUAAUAUCUUGCUUCCUUAGGUCUCGCGAAUCCUCUAUCUAUACAUUUGAUGUCAUUUCUGAAUUUCUCACCUGCUCAAUAUAUAGCAAAAAUGUUUUUGCUUUUCAGUAUAGCCAGAAAUCUCUCGCUCCCUCUCUCUUCUGAUCGUACCCAAUCCUAGAAAAUAAAAGGUUAAGUAAAUCAGUUUUGACGAUUCAGUCCUGCAUCUGAUUUGCAGACGUAAACGAGUGUAUAACAGGAGAGCACAACUGUGACGCUAAUGCAGUCUGCAAUAACACUGAAGGAUCUUUCGAGUGUACUUGCAAGCCAGGGUAUUCUGGGAACGGAGUUGACUGCUCAGGUGAUUAUAUUUUAGUAAAGACCUGGAUCAUCUUAAUGUUAAGGCUAUUUUAG